AUGGCUCCCAAGACCGCGCCGAAAGCAAAGGCUGCUGCCGCCAAGGCAGACCCAAAGCCAAAGGCCGAAGGCAAGGCCAAGGCGAAGGUGAAGAAGGAGGAGCAGGAGGACGACAAGCCCAAGGUUCCUCAGCCGAACAAGGAAGAGUUUGAUGCCAAGUCCGAGAAGAUCCAGGAGGAAAUCCAGAAGCUGCAGGACAAGCAGAAGAAGCUUACUGAGAAGAUCCAGGAGCGCUCCGGCGGAAAGGAGGAGUUCUACGCAAAGAAGGCCGAGCUGCGCGCUCAGCUGGAUGUUAUCACCGACAAGAUCAACGGCCUGAUGGAGAAGAAGGACGAGAUCAACAAGGCCGUGGGCAACAAGCGAGAGGAGGGUCGCGAGAUGCGCUCCCAGCUGAACAGCAUGAAGAAGACCGUCGGCUUCACCAGCCAGCAGGAGAUCAACAACCGCAUUGCCACGAUCGAGUUCCAACUGUGCACAGAGUCCGUGCCCCUCAAGGAGGAGAAGAAGCUCUUGGCUGAGAUCCAGACCCUGAAGAAGAACCGCUCCAAGGUGGACACGAUGAACACCAUGGAGCAGAAUCUGGCCAACUUCGACCCUGGAAUGUCCAUGAAGGAGCAGAAGGACGCGAUCAACGCCGACAUUUCGCAGUUCCGUGACGAGAAGAAGAAGAUUCAGGACCAGAUGACCGAGCUGUCUGAGGCCAGGAAGACCCAACUGGGACCUAUCGAGGAGAUUCAGAACGAGCGCAAUGCCAUCGGCGAGAAGUUGAGGGCAAAGAUCGAGGAGCGCAAUGCGCUGCGUGACGAGUACCGCUCUCAGGAGCGCGAGUACUGGGCCUACCAGCAGGAACUCCGCAAAGCUCGGCAGGAGCGCUACGCUGCUGAGAAAGCGGAGAAGCAGAAGGAGUACGACCUGCGCCGCAAGCAACGUGAAGCCGAGAAGCUCGACGAGCAGCCGUACGUCGCGGAGAUUACCCUGAUCGAGCAGACGAUCAAGUAUUGCAAGGGCCUCGUGCAGUCCAAGACCGAAGAGAAGAAGGACGAGAAGAAGGAGGUUGAGUACAACAACCCGGACGGUGCCGAGAUCCUGCUCCGCAAGGAAGAUCGCGACGAGGAGUUCUACUUCGCGCCUACGAAGGCUGGCAAGAAGGGCAAGAACAAGAACAAAGGCGGCGAGGCAAAGCCCACAAAGAUCACGCACAAUGCAGAGACCUUCCGUCUUUUCGACCAGCUGAAGCUCGAUGCACCACUGUCCACGGAACAGGUGCCUGCACUUCUGGAAGAACUUGAGAAGCAGCUGGGAGACUUCCAGGGCAAGGUGAAGGAGUGGGAAGAGAAGCGCGAGGAUAUGAAGAAGGCCAUCCUCGAGGGCCUCAACGAGAUCGCGGAGAACAAGGCAGCCCGAGAGGCCGAGGAGAAGGAGGAGGAAACCGCUCCCGAGGCCAAGGAAGAGGCCAAGGUUCGAGUAUUACUGUUUCUGAUCAUGAUGUUCAAGGGUUUCUUGGGUAUUCUUUCAGGUUUGCAAAUUGCUGGCCUCCCGAGGAAGAAGCCAAGGAGGAGUGAGCAUCCCAGCGACACGGCCUUUUCACUGGACAUGGACUUCGGCAACUUCCAAGAUGUCGAGCAGAUGUCGGAGGUGUACAAGGAGCGGCAGAAGUUCGGCCGCUUCUACUAUCGCUUCCCGAACGGUGAAGCGGGUACCGAUGUCUUCGAUCGCGUGAGCGACUUCUGGUCAAGCCUCCUGCGCUCAAUGGAUGCCAACCCUGUGGAAAAUUUAGUCCUCGUGUCCCACGGUCUCCUUAUGCGAAUCUUCUGCAUGGUCUACUUCCACUGGACCGUGGAGGAGUUCGAGCAAGUUUGGAACCCCUCCAACUGCGAAGUGUGGGCGCUGGAGAAGGGGCAGGGCAGCUACAACCUCGCUGGGCGGUGGCGCCCCUCCCCAACUGGUGGCUCGUUUCGUGAGAUCCGCUUCGGUGCCAAGAGAAACCAGCCGCUGUGGUGA